AUGCCUUGCGGAAACUCAACCCAAGUCUUCGCCUUCACUACUCUAUCACCCACCUCCCAGCUAUCCCUUGCAUCAAGCAUGACUACCUCAGCACUUCUCGAUUUUGCUGCUGAUUCUCCCGCAUUCAUGAUCUUUCUUCGAACCCAUUGUGAGGAAGUUGUUCUCGCUGCGUUAAAAACACAGUAUGGGUAUAUUCCCGAGAAGGCUACAUGGAGUUGUGGUCUUCUUCCCCUGUAUGAGAAUCUACCACCUCAUGUCUCUGAUACCCCACUGGACGAUUCGACACCCCGAUCAGCCUAUAGAUCAUCAAUUGGACGUCAUAGACGAGGACAUCAGGAUACCACCGAGCUUCUCCAGGAAAUGCCUGUUUUACAGUGGUUGGUGGAUGAAGAGCAGCUUUCUGACAACGGUCGGAAGCUCCUUGAUAUUCUUCCACCAUCUGACCACAGUCAAGGCUUAUACUACGCCGGUGUUCGGGGGUUAGUACGAUACUGCCAGAAGUACACUGCUCUGUGCAGCUUUGUCGUUACGAAAAGGGAGAUCAAUGAACAGAUGCAAAGAUGGUUGCAGGAGCGGUAUACCCCUUGGGGUGUUAAUGAAAUGUGGUUUGUUGUUGAUGCUCUGGGCUCACGAAUUGACGAGAUUAUGCCAUCGCUACGGAAUGAUGAGGCACGGAGGGAGAAAUUGCUGGGAAUGCUCUUGUACAAGAUGGAUGUACUCCGACUGUUCAACGGCUAUGAUUUUGCUUCAUCGUCGCCCACAAGCGAGGAGAGGGCUCUACGGAGACUCCUUGAAGAGGAGAUAAUUGAGGUUCCAUCCGCCGCUGAAGGCACACCUAUUGCUGAACUCCAAUGGAAAGUCCGUGAUGGGUCUCACUCACACUGGUUCACAACCCCCGCACAGGAAGCGUUAUUAGGAAAACCUAUAAGCUCGUCUUCUCGCAUACAAUCACGCAUGCACUCACGUCCUUACUCUACAUCAUGGUCUUCCGAGGCUUCACCAAAUAAUUACCUCUUUGGAUAUGGAAAUAAUUAUAUAGCCUCUCAGGGCGUGAAUCUUGAUCAGCCGCAAGAGCGCGCAGAGCAACCACGAGAGCCAAGGCCUUCGGUAUUCGGGGUGGCAUGUGGGCCGAUCGGGGUUUUGUAG